AUGAAAACCAAGGAACACACCAGGCAGGUCCGAGAUACUGUUGUGGAGAAAUUUAAAGCCGGAUUUGGAUACAAAAAGACUUCCCAAGCUUUAAACAUCUCAAGGAGCACUGUGCAAGCCAUCAUAUUGAAAUGGAAGGAGCAUCAGACCACUGCAAAUCUACCAAGACCCGGCCGUCCUUCCAAACUUUCUUCUCAAACAAGGAGAAAACUGAUCAGAGAUGCAGCCAAGAGGCCCAUGAUCACUCUGGAUGAACUGCAGAGAUCUACAGCUGAGGUGGGAGAGUCUGUCCAUAGGACAACAAUCAGCCGUACACUGCACAAAUCUGGCCUUUAUGGAAGAGUGGCAAGAAGAAAGCCAUUUCUCAAAGAUAUCCAUAAAAAGUCUCGUUUAAAGUUUGCUACAAGCCACCUGGAAUACAAAAUGGGGAAGGAUCCAAAGAAGCCCCGAGGUAAAAUGUCCUCGUACGCGUACUUUGUCCAAACGUGCCGAGAGGAGCACAAGAAGAAGCAUCCCGACGCCAGCGUCAACUUUGCGGAAUUCUCCAAGAAAUGCUCAGAGCGAUGGAAGACGAUGUCCCCUAAGGAGAAGGGCAAAUUCGAAGACAUGGCCAAGCAGGACAAGGUGCGCUACGAAGCGGAGAUGAAGAACUACAUCCCCCCAAAAGGGCAGAAAAUGAAGCGCUUCAAGGACCCCAAUGCCCCCAAGAGACCACCGUCGGCCUUCUUCCUGUUCUGCGCCGACUUCCGCCCCAAGGUGAAGGGCGAGAACCCGGGACUGUCCAUCGGCGACACGGCUAAGAAGCUAGGAGAGAUGUGGAACGGCUCGUCCACGGAGGACAAGCAGCCCUACGAGAAGAAGGCCGCCAAGCUCAAGGAGAAGUACGACAAGGACAUCGUGGCCUACCGCACCAAGGGCAAAGUGGAUUCCGGCUCGGCGGCGGCGGCGGCGGCUGCUGACGAAGACGAAGAGGACGACGAAGAGGAGGAAGAAGGCGAGGAGGAUGAAGACGAAGAGGAGGACGACGAGUAA